GCGUAAAGGCGCGCGCUCUCACUCACUCCACCUGCCACACGCGCUCGCUGCGCACGAGGACUUUUCGUGCUGUACUGUACGCGUCACACUUUCACUCCAAACCUCCAGAGGAGAAAGAGAGGAGAAACACGGGACAUUUGUGGCUCAAAACAAGUUGGAAGGCGACUUUGAAAGAAGUCGGGUUUAUUUGUUUUUCCUGUUGGCGUGAAGUCUUGACGAAGUAGUUGGUGAAAGCAGUGAGUGAUUUAUUCGACUGCUCCUCAUGGACAGGCGCAUGCGCCGGAGAAAAGUGGAUUUAAAACACCUUCGGCUCUGUACUUCUCUGUUAAUGAAACUGACACCGUGAAGGGCCUCUUCUUGGCCUCGGACCCUCACAGCUGAUGGAAGUCUUGGAGGAGUAUGCUUACAAUGAAAGCUUCCUCAAAAAUGGAUUCAAUGGCCUCAACACUACAGAUGGAGGCAGAAGACAUCAGUACAAUUAUUAUGCCAUGCUACUCACACUGCUCAUUUUCGUCAUCGUCUUCGGAAACGUACUCGUGUGCAUGGCUGUGUCAAGAGAGAAAGCUCUACAGACCACUACUAACUACCUGAUCGUGAGCUUGGCUGUCGCUGACCUGCUGGUGGCGACUCUGGUUAUGCCUUGGGUGGUAUAUCUUGAGGUGGUGGGAGAAUGGAGGUUUAGCACAAUCCACUGUGACAUCUUUGUCACUCUUGAUGUUAUGAUGUGCACAGCAAGCAUCCUUAAUCUUUGUGCCAUUAGCAUUGAUAGGUAUACAGCAGUUGCCAUGCCAAUGUUGUAUAAUACACGCUACAGCUCCAAGAGGAGAGUCACAGUCAUGAUCUCAGUAGUGUGGAUCCUGUCCUUUGCCAUUUCAUGCCCCCUGCUGUUUGGACUCAAUAACACAGAGAGCCACAAUGAAGCCAUGUGUGUAAUCGCGAACCCUGCCUUUGUAGUCUACUCGUCUGUUGUGUCCUUCUAUGUACCCUUCAUCAUCACCCUGCUCGUAUACGUGCAGAUCUACGUAGUGCUGCGUAGACGGCGGAAACGUGUUAGCACAAAGCGCACGUACCCAAGCAGCAACAUGGACAUGGGUGCUUUGAAGAAAUGCACUCACCCUGAUGAUGUGAAGCUGUGCACGGUCGCUGUGAAGUCCAAUGGGAAUUUCCCUGUUAAUAACAAAAAUGUUUUCAUAAAGGAGGUGGCCAACAAUGAAAAUGAAAGCCAAAUGGAUGAAAUCACAAACCUUAAUCCUCCAAACCAGAGGACACUUCAGCAGACAGGUGAGAGUCAGCAUGGGCUUCUGCUUGGUUCGAACCACAGUGAAAUAGAUACAGCACCCUCCGCUCCUGAGCUCAAGCCAACAAGGAACGGAAAGACCUACGACGCCUCCAAAAUGGCUAAAGCAUUUGAGACUCAGGUGUCUCCCAGUGGCAAAAUGCAGACAUCAGUGAAGUCCAUUAGCAAGCGCAAAAUCUCUCAGCAGAAAGAGAAGAAAGCUACUCAGAUGUUGGCUAUUGUGCUCGGUGUGUUCAUUAUAUGCUGGCUGCCGUUCUUCAUCACACACAUAAUGAAUACGUACUGUCACGUCCCUGCAGAACUCUACACAGCUUUUACCUGGCUCGGUUACGUCAACAGCGCCGUGAACCCCAUCAUAUACACCACCUUCAAUAUUGAAUUCCGCAAGGCUUUUAUUAAGAUCCUGCACUGCUGAGAGUGGAAUUAUCCAUAAGUGAAGACAAACACAGCUCAUCCACAUGUGGCCUACAUAAAGCUCCUUCCUGAAGACUGUUUUAAAAGGGAGCUAAACUUGAAGGAGAUUACUGGGAAUGACACGGAUGUACAUAUGAAGUUGAAGAUGUAUUAUAAAAGCAAGCAAUUCUCCCAGUGUCAUCUCAUGCAACAGUAAGACAUUUCUGGAUAAUUCCUAAGGAGGUGUCAUUCAGUAUAAGCUUCACAGUAUUACUUUUGUUUAUUAAUUACACAAUAAAGGUAAAGUAAACAUCAUUUAGAUUAUAAUACUGCAGUCUUCAUAGUGGUGGUAACAUACAGCAGUGUAAUAUGCAGCAACAGUAAGAAGAUUUUAAUACACUAAUGCAAGUGUUGAUGCUCAGCUGACAACAAAUUACAUAUAUACAUGUGUGUAUAAAAGUAAUAUGCACAAGAACAAAAAGUGCUUUUUUUGAAAAUAAUAUUGAGGAAAUAUUGAUCCUCAUAAACAUGGUGGUGCUGUGCAUUUUGGUCUCAGCUAUCACUAUCAAGACGCAUUCAAUCGCUGUAGCUUGAUGAUUGAUGAUUUGGUCUUUAGGGUCAAACUGAUCCCAUGAGAAAUUUGUACUAAGUGCAAUUUGGUUGGAGUUUGUUAAAUUUCAUAUGAACGAAAUCAUAAGAAAAGGUACAAAUGGUAACCAUAACUCAAACUUUGGUGAAUGGAGUGUGAGAGGAAAACACCACUCAAGAUCAUUAAACCAGUUUGCAAAAAUUUUGUCACAAAAUGACUGUGCAAUUAUAAU